AAGGCUUACAAAGGAAGAGAAAAGCUUGCUGACUCAGAAAGUGAUUUCAAGCAUGCAUACAUGUGUGGUUGUGUGUAUAUAUACAACAUACACACACACAGAGACCCCUCAUAACUGGAGCCACUCAAGUUAGUGUUACAUUUGUAAACCUUUUGUCUGAAACUGACUCUGAUCAAAACUAAACAAACACUCACUCAAGAUCACCGAGCUUCUUAGAUUUACAUAAAUGGAGCAGAAACACAUAUAUUUAUCAGCCUUGGGCGUGGGAGUAGGUGUUGGUGUUGGGCUUGGGUUGGGCUCAGGACAAGGUAUUAGCAAAUGGAGCAGCAUUGGUGCGGCCCGGAACUCCUCAGAUUUCGCCGGAGCUAAUGCUGAUGAGAUCGAGCUGGAGCUCCGCCGUCUUCUCGUAGAUGGUAAAGAAAGCUCCGUUACUUUUGAUGACUUUCCCUACUAUAUCAGUGAGCGGAUCCGGAUGUUAUUAAUGAGUGCAGCAUAUGUUCAUCUGAACCACUCCGAUGUUUCCAAGCACACGCGAAAUCUUUCAGCUGCGAGCAGUGCUAUAUUGCUCUCAAGCGUCAGUGAACUGUAUCAUCAAAUGCUUGCAAAGGCGCUAUCGCACUAUUUUAAAGCAAAGUUGCUAUUGUUGGAUGUCACAGACUUUUCUAUGAAGAUGCAGGGCAAGUAUGGUAGCUGUAAGAGAGAAACUCCUUUGAAGAACUCCGUCUCAGAUACAGCUCUAGGACGAGUGUCCAGUUUAUUGGGCUCCUUCUCAAUCCUUGCAGCAGGGCGUGAUACUGAAGAUCCUUUAAAACGAGUCAGCAGCUGGUCAUUUGAUGAAAAGACCUUCGUGCAGUCACUUUACAAGGUUUUAGUUUCUGUGUCCGAAACAAAUUCCAUCAUACUUUACAUCAGAGAUGUUGAGAAGCUUCUUCUUCAAUCGCCGAGGCUUUACAACUUGUUUGAUAAAAUGUUAAAGAACUUACCAGGACCAGUGUUACUUCUUGGUUCUCAAAUGUUGGAGUCGGAUGAUGCUAGCAGGGACAUCGAUGAGAAGGUUACAAAGUUGUUUUCUUACACUAUUAAUAUCAAACCACCGGAAGAUGAGAGUGCUCUUAUGAGUUGGAAAGCCCAAGUAGAAGAGGACAUGAAGACAAUCCAGUCUCAAGAUAACAAAAAUCAUAUCGCUGAGGUACUUGCAGCAAAUGAUCUUGAAUGUUAUGAUCUAGAUUCAAUCUGUCAAGCAGAUUCGAAGGUCCUCAAUGAUCAUAUCCAAGAAAUUGUUGUAUCAGCAUUAACUUUUCAUUUGAUGAACAAUAAAGAACCUGAAUACAGAAAUGGAAAGUUACUUAUAUCAUCCAAGAGUUUGUCUCAUGGAUUGAGCUUCUUCCAGGAGGAAAAAAAUAGUGGGAAAGAUAAUCUUAAGCUGGAGACAAAUGAAUCUACCAAGGUAAUAAUAGGAGGUGAUAUCAUUGGAUUAAAAAGUGAAUCAAAAUCAACUGAUAAUAAGAGCGAUGCAGACAAAACGGGUUCCAAGCAGGAUGGUGAAAAUAAAGCCCAAGCUAAAGUGGAAGUUCCGGACAAUGAAUUUGAAAAGCGCAUAAGGCCAGAGGUGAUUCCUGCAAAUGAGAUUGGAGUGACAUUCGCAGAUAUCGGUUCCUUGGAAGAAACAAAAGAAUCACUGCAGGAGCUGGUCAUGCUUCCUCUUCGAAGACCAGACCUGUUCAAUGGUGGACUUCUUAAGCCUUGUCGAGGCAUAUUACUCUUUGGGCCUCCUGGCACUGGAAAAACAAUGCUGGCAAAGGCCAUUGCCCAUGAUGCUGGAGCGAGCUUUAUAAAUGUCUCUAUGUCAACCAUCACCUCAAAAUGGUUUGGGGAAGAUGAAAAGAAUGUUCGCGCUUUAUUCACUCUUGCAGCCAAGGUGUCUCCAACAAUUAUAUUUGUUGAUGAAGUCGAUAGCAUGCUUGGGCAGCGCACAAGGACUGGAGAGCAUGAGGCUAUGCGGAAAAUCAAAAAUGAGUUCAUGACCCAUUGGGAUGGGCUGCUCACAAAACCUGGGGAGCGCAUUCUUGUCCUUGCUGCUACCAACAGACCAUUUGACCUUGAUGAAGCAAUUAUAAGGCGAUUUGAAAGGAGAAUUAUGGUUGGUCUACCAUCUGCUGAGAGCAGAGAAAAGAUAUUGCGAACACUUCUGGCAAAAGAAAAGGUGGAACAUUUAGAUUUCAAAGAGCUCGCAACUAUGACAGAAGGAUAUAGUGGAAGUGACCUUAAGGUUUUGUGUGUCACUGCAGCUUAUCGACCAGUACGAGAACUGAUACAACAAGAGAGGGAGAAAGACUUGGAAAAGAAGCAGAAAAGUGCAGAGGGGAAGGAUACAGAAAAUAAGGAAGAAAAUAAGGAAGAAAGUGAGAGGGUAAUUACUCUGAGGUCUCUAAACAUGGAGGACUUGAGGCAGGCAAAGAAUCAGGUUGCUGCCAGUUUUGCUUCUGAAGGGUCUGUGAUGAGUGAGCUGAAACAAUGGAAUGCUUUGUACGGGGAGGGUGGUUCAAGGAAGAAGGAGCAGCUAUCUUACUUCCUCUGAGCAUGUCUUGAAUGUGGACAGCACUUUACAUAUCAGUAUUUUUCAACAUCGAAGAACCUGAAGCCCUGGAAGGUUAAAAUCAGCAUCGCUAUGAAAGAAAAUCACAUUUAUGUGUGUGUUUGUAAGCGCAAAGAAUAUUUAAUCAAGUCAUUUGUAUAAUCCAUGAGUUACGUUUCUGGUGUGUAAUUAUUUAAUUGGAAAGUUGGUAUUUAGAAAUA